AUGAAACUCUUCUCCAUCCUCCCUACUGCCCUCCUUGUGGCUGCUGUAGCGGCCAUCCCGCUGAGCGACAAUAGCGAUCAAACUGCUAAGCUCAGUUGUCCGGACUAUCGCUCGGAGUUCUGCUAUGGUGAAUGCGCUAGUGCUGCGGCAUCGGGUUUCCUGGGUGCUUAUGGCCAGUUUAAACCUGAAUCUUGCUGUCAGCAGAAUUGUGGAUGUACUCUUUCCCAAAGCCCGAUACCUCCAACGCAGCAGCAACGCAAACACAAUAAAGGGAUCAUUCUCCCCUUGUUCUUUACUGGAUUUAUCUCUACUGCUCUUCUCAUUACCGCUGUGGCAGCCUCACCCCUGCCCCAGACAGGACAGGAUCGGAAGUGUCCAUUUGCCCCAGAUGAGAAGAAGGCACUUGAGGGUGCUAGUCUUUGCGGCGCCAUUCUUGGAAACGACGCUCGAUGCCACACGACUUUGCUUGUGAAGAAGGACUGUGUUGGAUCUAGCACUCUAGAUUGUCACUAUUUGUAUGCUGCUACUUCUCCUGCUUAUGUCUUGGCAUGGGUUUUGUCUCUAUUGGAUUAG